AUGAGGGGCGCACUCGUCUUUGGCGGGUCUUCGCACCCCAAGCUCGUCGACGGCAUCUGCGACAGGCUGGGCACGAAGCCUGGCUCCGCGACGCUGGGCAAGUUCAAGAACGGAGAGACUUCCGUCACCAUUCAUACCUCGAUCCGGAACAAAGAUGUCUUCAUCGUCCAGAGUGGAAGCGAGAAAAUCAACGACUCGAUCAUGGAGCUGCUGAUUAUGAUCUCGGCCUGCAAAGGCGGCUCAGCCAAGUCGGUCACAGCUGUCAUGCCCUACUUCCCAUACUCGCGCCAGUCCAAGAAGAAGCAGCACCGCGGGGCCAUCACCGCCCGCAUGGUCGCAAACCUCCUCCACAUCGCUGGUGUGAACCAUGUCAUGACCAUCGACCUCCACGCCUCCCAGAUGCAGGGCUUCUUCAAGUGCCCUGUCGACAACCUCGUCGCCGAACCCCUCCUCGCCCGCUGGAUACGCGUCAACGUGCCGAAUUGGAGGGAAGCCGUCGUUGUUAGCAAGAACCCUGGUGGCACCAAGCGCGUCACGUCUCUGGCGGACGCGUUAAAGCUCAGUUUUGGUAUUGUCACAACCGACAGGCGGAGGGCAGGCACGGCGGUGCACUGGAACGAGAGCGCCAUGUUCGAGCAACUCCGGUUGGAUGGCUCAUACGAAACCCCCGACGACCUGGUCGAGGCAGCGCUGGAUGCCGACGCUGAGAUUACGCCCAUCUCCAAGAUGACGGUAGACUCGAAGGCAGAACCAGGCAAGUCAAGUUUGAAGCGCGUACCGUCGAACCCCCUGCAAAGGCGAGCCAACGGAUGGUCAGAGCCGACCGGGAGCCAUCCGCUGUCUAAGAGUAUGCGCGCAGGCUCCAUCGUCGAGCCUGAGGUACCGCUGGAGCCCAUUCGAACAGAUGUCGAGAAGAACAGGGAAGAACCUGAGGAGCAGAGUGCAGAUGAGAGCGGCGCCGAGGAAUACACUGACGAGCGCGCGAGGAACGUCAUCCACGGACGACUAGUACAAGGCCAUAUUGUCGACGAUACACAUCCUUCUCCCUCAAUGUCCGCGACAUCGACCAACACCUGGCGCAACCGCCCUCCGUCCGAAGGCGAAAACGACGAUAUACCCUCGCACAUGAUGUCCUCUUUCAUCUCGACUACCUCCUCCACCCGCAACAGGGACACCGAACAUUCGCAUGCCCUCGGUGGCACAUACGACGCCGCUGCAUCAUCUGAAGAUGAGGAAGAGGAUCUCAAGAACCCCGAGCUCGAGACCAUGGUCACUCUUGUCGGCAACGUCAAGGAUCGCCCUGUCUUUAUUGUUGACGACAUGAUGGACAAAUCUGCGUCAUGGAUUGCGGCUGCCGAGACUGUUGUCAAGCGCGGUGGUGCGACAAAGGUCUACUGCUUCGCUACUCAUGGUAUCUUUGGCGGCGACUGUCUUGAGGAAAUGAGCAACUGCGAUGUCAUCGACAAGAUCGUCAUCACGAACGCGUUUCCGAUCCCCGAUCACAAGCUCGCGCAGGCGAGCCCCGAUAAGCUGGUGGUCAUCAACGUCGACAAUCUCCUAGCAGAGGCGAUUCGAAGAAACCACCAUGGAGAGAGCAUGAGCCAGCUUUUCCUCCACUACGACUAG